GGGCCCACGCCUGAUUGGCCGGCUGUGGGGGCGAGCGGAGUAACGGAACAGGAGCCUUGGGUCGCAGCCACACGUCCAGGGUCCGAGUGCGGAGCCCAGAGCCGAGGGGGAGCCAGGAGGGACAUACGCCAUGCCCUACCUGCUUAUCAGCACCCAGAUCCGCAUGGAGGUGGGCCCCACCAUGGUGGGUGAUGAGCACUCGGAUCCGGAGCUGAUGCAGCAUCUGGGGGCCUCGAAGAGAAGUGUCCUGGGGAACAACUUCUGGGAAUACUAUGUCAACGACCCUCCUCGCAUAGUCCUGGAUAAGCUGGAACACAGGGGCUUCCGCGUGUUGAGCAUGACAGGGGUGGGCCAGACCCUGGUGUGGUGCCUGCACAAGGAGUGACCUUCUCACACUGACUUGCGAAUGGACGCCUGUUCUUUGGAGCCCCAGACCUGCCUGCCUGCCUGCUCUCUUCCCAAAUUGUCACCUUCCUCAGCCAAGCACGGAUGGGCAGGGUUCGCCUGGCCUCAGUCGGGGGAAGGGGGGAGGCCCCCGGCCCAGGUGUUACAUCGUUGCCCAGCUGCAGGCCGCCCACCUGGAACAAACAGUCCAGUGAAGGACAGCCCAGGGGGGCCGGGAGGGUGCUGUGUGCUGUCCACGCCAAUAAAGGACUCUGAUGAGUGGUUGCUCCUCUG